AUGGUCAUUACUCCAUUGUGCAAAGAAGCCAUCUCCAUGUUGUCUCAAAAUAAAAUCAUUAGAACAAAAGAAGAAGUGGCUCUUCAGAUUCUUUUGCUUUGCCAAUCUGGGGUUGGAAUUCUGGGCAACAUCCUACUGUUUCUUCAUAAUUUCUCUCCAAUUUUGACUGACUCACAACUGAAGCCCAUUCAGAUCAUACAAACAAACUUAGCUGUGGCCAAUACCUUCAUUCUCCUCUUCUUGACAUUUCCAAACCAUAUGGCAGUUUUGGCUCCAAGGAAGCCUCCAACUGACCUCAAAUGUAAACUUGCAUACUUCUUUCACAUGGUGGCUCGAAGCACAAACAUGUGUUCCACCUGUGUCCUCAGCACCUACCAGUUUGUCACUCUUGUUCCUGGUACCUGGGCUAGGGUCAUGUUCAGAGAAAUAUCCCCCAAGGUUGUGAGCUAUUCUUGUUACAGUUGCUGGUUGUUCAGUGUCUUAAAUAAUGCUUACAUCCCAAUGAAUGUUAGUGGUCCUCAGAAAACACAUAAUGGCACUGAUUCUAAAGGUAAGUGGGUCUGCUCAACUUCUGGUUUCAAUGUUGGCAUGAGCUUCUUACGGUUUGCCCAGGAUAUUAUAUUUAUCAGCACCAUGAUCUGGACCAGUGUCUCCAUAGUGCUUCACCUGAACAGACACCACCAGAGAAUGCACUGCAUACAUAAUACUAGUCAGAAGUUCAGAACCUGUGCUGAGACCAGAGCAGCCCAUACUGUCCUGAUGCUGGUAGUCACAUUUGUGAGCUUUUAUCUUCUAGACUGCAUUUGCACUUUCUUUCACAUUUCUUUUGUGAACACUCGUUUCUGGUUGAGGCAUGUCAAAGAAGUUCUGACUCUGAGCUUCCCCACCAUUUCUCCCUUAAUUCUGAUCUUUAGGGAUCCCAGGGGUCCUUGUUCUGUACCCUUCAUUGUGGGGCUACAAAGCCAUGUCACUGGGAUAUCCAGUCUGGAGCAAGAGUGA